AUGAUUGUAAAAAAAUAUUUUUCGACUAGAAUUCUGGUAUCAUUCGUCGUAGUGUUCACUUUGGUAGUUUGUGCUCAGACACAAUCUCUUGAUGAAUAUGCCGAAGAUUACAUCGAUGACGUUACUUCUACUAUAAAUACAACAUUACCAAGCAAUUUAUCAACAAAAAUGUUGAAUUCAUCUAAUAGACUUACAUCUCUGUCAUCUAUACUAUCAGCUUUAUCGGCUAGAUACAACACAUCAUUGACUAAGAUAAAAAAUAAUACCAAUAAAGUUCCUUCUGGAAAUCGAUCCAUUUCAUUAUCAUUCUCAUCAAAAUCUACAAAGAGUGAAAAUCUAUCGGUGAAUAUAUCAUCUUAUGUAUUGGUUCAUGAUCUUGUUGACCAAUUCAAUCGUUAUCGUAAUAUUGAUAUUCUUUCUCGAAUAAAACAAUGCAAUUCAAAUAUGAAACUUAGUUAUAUGUGUGAAACAUAUUCAUUUGAUAAUCAUACCCAUUCAUUAGUACGUGAAUCAAAUAUUAGAUUUCAAUCGUUACAACAUAUUUAUGAUUCUCUUAUUGAUCGAAUAAUUGUACAAAAAUUAAAUGCAUUUUGUUCAAAAUCUCAAUGGUGUUUGGGAAAUUUAACAAAAUAUAAUAUUCGUUUUACUGUCGAUGUUUUUCGACAGCUAGGGUAUUCCUUCUGUGCACUAGAGAUGUGUCAUCAUCGACUUCAUGUACAUGUAACGACAUGUCCAUCAAUUACACCUGCGAAUAUAAGCCGACCGACAAUAGCAUUAUUGCCAAUGCUAUGUACACUUUAUAAGGAACAACAAGUUUGGAGUUCAGCCGAAUGUACUGAUCGGCUUGUGUAUCUUCUUCAUAUUCUUUAUGCAUUCUGGUCACAAAUUGAGACAUGUUAUCACAUAAUUUCUAGUCGUUCUGGAGGUUGUACAUACGAAUGUCUAGUAUUCGACAGUACUUUACGUGAAUUUGACAAUAAAUGUGGUGGAAACGCUUCGUUUUUAACAAGAGUUCCUGAACUGGCUUGGUAUCAUUUAAUUAAUUUACAAACAAAAUGUCGUGAUAAAACAAUUGUAACCAAAGCUCCACUGAUGUCGUCGGCUACGAAUUUUAUUUCAUCAGAUGCAUUCUCACAUCGAUUUAAUCAACAACCUGCAUAUGCAGCUUUAUUUCUUGUUGUGAUCAUUUUCAUUGUAAUUAGUUUUUCUCUAUGUUUGUAUUUUAUGUCAAACAAUAAAUAUGAUUCAAAUACUCGAAAUAGCGAUGAUGGUUAUGAGUAUACAAGAUUACAUAAUUCAACAUUUGAACUUGAUACAAAUACUGAAACUAUAGAUAUGAAUUCUACGUUGCAUAGAACAAUUGAUCAAUCGCAAUUUGAUCUCGACGGUAACGGUCGUUCACUAGAAAAUCACCGAUUAUUAUAG